UGACUGGACGUCACCAUGGCGACUGGACGCGGACAAUUAAGAUAUUUAACGCUGUCACAUUAAUUCUUUAACGUAGCGAUGGCUACAAAGAAAGAGAACAAACUCUAUUUAUAUAGCUAACUUGUGGAGUUUACAUGGACACGUUUGUCUAUUUUGCAUCGAAGUUAUCCUCCGUUGCCUGUUAGCUAAACCGCUGUCAAACAAACUUGGCUCUUGACGUUAUAUGGCCUCCCUGCAAAUAUGAAUGGUCUUGUAUCUGUCUCAAAGGGUUCGAGACCAGUGAGACAAAUGUCAGUUUCAAAACAAGUUACUUUCAGAGUGCGGGCAGUGAGGACGUUCAAAAGAGCUGACAAAUCAUCUCAGACCUCGAUGGAAAGACUGCCAUCUGAGAUCCUUAUUAAGAUUCUGUCAUACCUGGAUGCCUCCGCUCUUUUCACCAUCAGCCAUGUCAAUAAGCUCUUCUACCGGCUUGCCAAUGAUAAUGCUCUGUGGAACAGGAUAUACAUAGAGGAGUUUGGCAAGAAAAAAAAGCAGAAAUCCAAGUGCAUGGAUGAGCUGCUGCUGAAGAUGGCCACAGUGGAGCUGCAGGAUACCGCUGCUGGCUACUGGAAGUGGCUGUUCUUCAAGACUGUAGCCGCAUGUGACAUGAACAAGUGGAAAAGACAUCUUGGACUCAUCAGCCGUCACACUGGGCUGCCCAGUCAGACAGAGCAGGUUCUCAGAAACUUGCACGUCACCUGGGAGCUGACAGUCUCUGAGAAGUCAGGGCAUGAGGGCACAUUGGAGCUGAGCUGGUCCCGAUUCUGCGAGACUUCUGUGUCUCUGUGCUGGAGUGGAGGACGCUGCUUGCCCAGCUACCAGCAGAUUUCCACCCUUCAACUUCACGGCGUCAGGAGGAUAGCCCUCAGCUGCCCCGGCCUAAAGAAACCUGGCUGGAGGUCCCUCAUGGCCAAGUUAGACAUGCAGACUUUAACUAAAAGCGCGCAGGUCAUUGGUCAGGACAGACUGGUUGAACUGAAGCUGCUGCAGCCGGGAAUCAUCGUCGGAACCUGGAGGGACCAGUGCUCCGUUGCCUUCAUCAUGUUCACCCUCCACUUCCACAGACUAGUGGAAAGAAGCGUCCAGGGGUCCUCAGUUUGCCCGUACGUGGAGCCAAAGGUCAAAUCCCCUUUUGAUGACAUAGACCCCGAAUACGGUCUCCAUGGUUACCGACUACACAUUGCUCUCCACGACACUGGAUGCAAGCUCAUGUCUGCAAGCUUUUCCCAGCUCUUCUGCCGCAGAACUCAGAUCUGUGACGGAUUCAUCCGGCUGACUGCCAUUAGCAGGACAAACUUGUCUCAGCACACCCCUCUGUCAGGCUGCAUCACCCUGCCCUGGAGGUGUGAGGCCCUGCAGGGCGCAGUAGAGAAUUGCUGCAUCAUGAGUCUGACUCUGCUGGAUGAAUUCAGGAAACCCUUUUGGUGUGUCAGCUCACCUGUUUCCAUGCAGCUGGAAAAGACAGCCAUUUCCUAUGACUAUGAUGGUGAGCACUUCCUGAUUCACUAUCUGGACUCAGACGGUCAGGUGAAGAUGAAACUUGUUUGGAUGAAGGAAGAGAGGCAGUUUGUUGUCAUCAGUUUAGUUAUUUAUGUGAGUGUUUUUAACAUCAACAAGCAUUUUAGUAGAGAUUACUGAGCCUGCAGUAUUUCUGGAGGAAGUUUUGAGGUUUUCUUAGCUGCUUAAUAUUGUGUAAAUCUGGGUGACACACACACACAUGCACACCUCCACACACCCUAAAUUUCUCGCGGCAACUCAGGAAUAGAUAUGCCGGUUUCCAGCUAGCAUGGCACACAUCCACUCACCGGAGGAAGUGUCCCAGACCUCAGCUCACCAACCCCUGGCAAAGUCCAGCUUUGUAUAUGUGGGAAAACUGAUGUGCUGUGUGUUGUGUGUUUUUCGUUGUCUGCUGGCGGCUCUUUGAGUUUACUCGUUGUUAGUUAUAUAGCUAAAGGUCAUGUGAUAUAUUUCACGGGUUAUCUGGGGAAAACUGAAGCCGUAUCCUAAACUAAAACAAUCUCUGUCUGAGCUGAUUCUGACUGCACGCUGGUUCCCCCGAUAAACUACAGCAUUUUAAUGAAACAAUAUUAUAUCUUGGUCGUGCAUUUUAAGGUAUAUACCACAUAGUUGCAGCACCCCCCUCCCUCUGCCUUGUGU